UGACAUCGUGUAAGCAACAAGUGCGACUCUCGACGUAUGCACGGUAUGCGAACGCGUGGGGCAGUCACAACAACAGAAGCAAGACGCUGACCCACAUCUUGACACCAUAAGGGGGCCCCCUGCUGCUGUUUUGACAUUGCAGAGAACAUCACAGGUGUGGUUGUCAGUGGUCAUAGUGUGAGUUGUCCUUGAGUCUUCUGCACCUACAACUUACGUUUCUUUACCUGGUUUUCUACUGCAGAUAAUUUUUAGUCUCUUGAAGACCGCCAGUGGAAUGCACAGGCGAACGACAGUGACCAGUGUGCCGGCGGCUCCAACUGGACCGGGGAGCACGACAUGGAGCACCUGCCAUUCGACGUGCGCAUCGAGACGUAUCUGGUGCCAGUGAUCUUCCUGCUCAUCUUCACGGCCGGCGUGCUAGGCAACGGCACUCUGGUGCUCAUCUUCAUACGGCACCGCAACAUGCGCAGCUCGCCCAACCUGUACAUCCUGUCGCUGGCGCUGGGUGACCUGCUCGUCAUCCUCACCUGCGUGCCCUUCAUCUCCACCAUCUACACGGUGGAGUCGUGGCCGUACGGGAUGGUGAUCUGCAAGCUGGCGGAGACGGCGCGCGAGGUGUCGGUGUCGGUGUCGGUGUUCACGCUGACGGCGCUCAGCGUGGAGCGGUACUGCGCCAUCGCGGGCCCCGUGGCGGGCGCCUCGCGGCGCGUCGGCCCGCUGCUGCUGGCCGCCAUCUGGCUGCUGGCGGCCGCCGCCGCCGUGCCCACCGCCCUCUACACGCAGGUCACCGAGGAGCCCAUCAACGAGUGCGAGGCGGGCGCCCUGCGUAGGAUACAAGUCUGCUACCCUUUCCCCAAGGAGCUCGCGGCCCCUGUCGUCACCGCACGGUUCGCGGUGCACUACGCGCUGCCGCUGGUGCUGAUCUCCGUCUUCUACUCGCUGAUGGCGGUGCGGCUGCGGCGCGGGCUGCCUGGCGAGGCGCCCCAGAGGCACAUCCGCUCGCAGCGGCAACGCGUCGCCAGGACGCUGCUCACCUUCGUCGGCGUCUUCUUCAUCUGCUUCCUGCCGCAGCACGUCUUCUCGCUCUGGUUCUACUGGGCGUCGUCGAGCGUGCUGGAGUACAACGACUGGUGGCACGCGCUGCGCAUCCUGGGCUUCUGCCUGUCGUUCGCCAACUCGUGCGCCAACCCGGUGGCGCUGUACUGCGUGUCGUGCACGUUCCGCAAGCACUUCGACCGCUACCUGCUGUGCUGGUGCCGGCGGGGCGCGCGGCCCGACACCGUGGUGGCCGGCAGCCGCACCGACUCGCGCAAGCAGUCCACCUCGCAGACGCUCGCCACCUUCCAGCCGCGCUCCAGGAGGAGCAUCUUCAGCAACAUCACCAUGAGGGACGGGUCUACAAAGACCACAGUGGUGGAAACGUGACCCUUGGCCGCCCACACGGCGGUCUAACAGGCCACAGCUGCAGAACCGCCGCCUCACGAGAGACCAGCACGCGCUUACGGCCGACUGGACGUGUUCCCACUUCUCCAUCGGGACACCUCUUCACUAUAGUCGGACUCCUUCCCGUUUCUUUGUGUCUGCUCCAUCUCGAUGUAUCCCACAGCUGCGUCUGUAAAUGACAACAUGUAACAUGCAGUGUGACUGUUCGCGACUGAACGUUGGUAGAGAACGCAGUUUAUAAGGAUAACGUUUUGAACAGCAUUCUAGAGCUAACCACAGAUUAUCACAGUUCACGUACACGACAGUGCCCCGACACAAAAGAAGGUGCAAGAACGUUUCACGUGAAUUUGUCUGGCUAUCACUGUGCAUUCUUUUCUAACUAAACGGGCGUCAUAGCUGUAGACAGCAUCACAGCAAAUGAAACGCUAGAGAUAUCUCAGUUCUCAGCGUACUAUUAGGUAUCGUACUUGUUUGCGCGACUAGCAUGGGCACCAAUUAGUCACUAGUCCUUCCACAAAAGUGUUCUCUCUACCCAUCACAGUGUACCAACAACUGAAACUUUAUGUGUGUCAUGAGCAUUUAUGUCACUUCGGUUCUUUUGUAAGCUUUUAGCUAGAGUACGAUCUAUUAUGCUAACAUUAUGAAGCGUUAUGCACUCAUUAUGCAACAUUUCCCUUCUACCUCGCUCUUUACUGUUUAUGCAGGUGGAGGAAGUAGCAACAAUGAGAUUUAUGUCUUCAAUAUUUUCCUGAUUUUCGAAAUUUUAUUCCUGCAAAUAGUCAUAAAUCGUACCUGAUUCCCGUACUAAGCAGUUUACUGCUGUUUCUGCAGAAUUUGUGGCAUGCUCCUAGAUUUGUUCCAUAAUUCUCUAUUUAUUAAAUUUUCUUUCCUACGUCUGUCAACUAAUUCUGGAUACAUUCCUCUUGUGCGUUAAAGAUGCGAUGGUGUCCAACUUGUUCAUCCUGAACAUGUAAGGCAUAUUAAGGCAUGUGAAGCACUCAAGAGAAUAGCUUUCAUAAUAUCAGGAGAAUACUUGCUCUCCUAAUCAUACGAACAAUGAGUCCGGUCAUUACGGCUCAUUCUUAAAAUACCUUUCCUGCUACCAGUCACAAUUUUCUUUUCAUUUGUAUUUUAAAUCACAUGUUUCGAUAAAUCAUACCCAUUUUCAAGUACUAUUCUCCUGUGAUAUUCCAUUUAUUCGUGACGUUUAUGAUGUAUAAGGUGCUGCAGUGUUCUGUUGUCUUUACUGUAAUAUACAAAGCACGUGCAAUUUUUAAUUAAUGAUCGAUCUUUAUACCACAAGACAUUGCCAGCCUUCACUCAAACAGCAGAAAUCUACAGAAAGAAUCUGCAGCAGAAAUCUAAAAGAACGUUAUGAUACAUAAGAAACUUGCAUACACAGAGCAUGUUAAAUUGGUGAUACUCCUCUAGCUGUCCCAAAGCUCCAAUUAUUUUACCUUUGACAGAAAAUUUGUAAGCUGUCAAAUAGCAUAGCAAUGGGAUCAUAAAUAACUUUUCGCAUAGUUGAUUCAUAUACAAACCAUUCGGAACAGAAUCUGUUUAACAGACAGCAAUCCUGCCUACGGAAAACUGUAUUUUAUAGAAGACAUGUAGGUAACUCACUCAUACAAUUAAAAGAGGAUGUCCGAGUCAUAGAGUACACUCCAAAUUGUUUCAGUUGUCUGUAGUAGAUAAUUGCACUUACAGUGCAACAAAAACAUGAUGACAUCACCAGUUGCCUGAAUUUAAAUACCAGAAGACACAACAAUACAUUCAUAUUCAAAAUGUAUAAGAAAAAUACAAUGAACACUACCACAAUCCCUCCAACUCCAUGCUACCAAACACUCAUAAACAAGAGACUUAUGGGUCAACGCUGCACAAGGAAACUGAAACAUCUUUGAACGAAGAAAACAGGAAAUAAAGAGGAAAUAAACAUAGUGAAACAAACUGCAGUUGCCAAUGACUUUACUGCUUCACGGUUGACUCAGUACAAGAUACAGCGAAGAAAGAGCCAGACACAGAACACAUCACAGAAGAUAAAGAUAAAAGGAACUGUAUAUCUAACA